AUGUCUAUUUAUGGCAGCCUAUUUGGAGGAGGGCGUUGGGAAUGGGAUGAAGAGAAGAAAGGUAUAACCUUUGCGACCAAGAAGAAGAAGUCGGAGAAGGAGCAGGGGGCGGCGGAGAAGGCGGCGUCGCGGAGGGCCAACCUGGAGCUGCGCUUCGUGGACGCGCUCGACCCCAAGGAGAUGGCCACGUUCCGGCACAUGUUCAUGCGGCACGCGCGCCUCACCGAGAUGGACGUGGUCACCAUGCAGGACGUGCGCGACGUGGUGCUGUUCCAGUGCGUCAACAACCUGCCGCUCGACCUCGUCGAUCUGCUGCACACCGAGUCCAUCGUGGACCAGCUGCACCGGCGGCAGAGCGAGCGCGGGGGCAAGCUGACGCUGGGCGAGCUGACGCCGCUGGAGCUGAGCUGGCAGCGCGAGCUGAGCGACCUGCGCACGCUGCUGGCGCGCGAGCACUGCUCGCUGCUGCUGGCGGCCGACCGCGGCAUGGAGCGCUUCCACCACCUGGCGGCGGGCAGGGGCGGCGUCACCUCGUCGCAGGCCGAGCGCGACAUCCGCUGCUACGAGAUGCUCUGGCGCAUCAGCGUUGAGUGUUGGGCAGUUGAUGCGCUUGGUGCUAAAACCCGUUGGGCCCGAAUGGUUUACAUCGCCCUGGAGCGUCCAUCUGCAAGUCUCAUCGAAGGAGAAAUGAACCGCCUUUUCAGAUCACCUGUUUUCACUGGCAAUGUUGGUUCCGUCACCAGAAACGCCUUUGGUAAAAUACCUAAAGGCGAGACGCCGCCGAGCACUGGCUCCACCAUCCACUUCCGCUUGCUGGAGGACUACCAGAAGCUGGUGCUGCACGGCGCGCCCGUGGUGGAGCACAACAAGUUCCUCACGCACUCCCCGGCCGCGUUCUCCGUGCUGGGCGACGUCGACUACCGCCUCAUGGCCACCGGCCAGGUGGAGUUCAACAGCGCUCAGCUGAGCCCCGGCCAUUACCAUGCAAGCGCGCGCGCUCUGCUGCGCUAG